AUGAGGCUCAAUGAAAGAAAUUUACAAAGAUCAGCUGAGCAAGCUAUGCAAGCCCAAACAACCAAAGGGAACAACUAUGAUGGUGGCAAGAAUAAGAAGGGAAAGGGAAAGUGGAAGAACAAUAAGUGGAAGGGGUCAGGUGAGGGCUCCAGCAGUUCUGGAAAUCAUAACCAGAAUGAAGAAACUGACAAGAAAAGUGGAGGGAAUCACAAAGUGGACAAGAAGAAAUUCAACAAGAAAGGGAUUCAGUGUUAUAACUGUCAGAAAUGGAGACAUUUUGCAGAUGAAUGCAAAAAUAAAAGGGUUCCAAGAAAUGCAGAUGAGGCUCAAUUGGCACAAGAUGAGGAUUCUGACUCUGAUAAAGUGCUGUUCCAAUCACAUACUGAGCAUAGAGAGUGGUUUGUAAACAUUGAUGAUAAGGUGAAAAGCAAGAUCAAGUUUACAGAUAAUAGCUCUAUAACUGCAGAAGGCAUUGGAAAGGUGAUGAUUCAGAGGAAGGAUGAACAACACUCAUUUAUCAAUGAUGUGCUAUAUGUUCCCAAUAUGAAGAAUAAUUUGUUGAGUUUGGGACAGUUGCUAGAAAAGAGCUACUCAAUGCAGAUGGAGGACAAUUAA